CGAUGCGGUUACCUGUUAGAUCUACCUUGCCAAGACUUUUCAGUUUUCACUGUGCAGGAUAAGGCGAAAGAAAAUUGUCCGGAUUGGUCAUUUUAAGCAGUCUUUCUAAGAAAACCGUUGCCUUAAACAAUCUUCAAAUAUGUCGGCACCUUUGGAAAAUCUUGAAACUCAAUUGGAAAUGUUUAUUGAGAAUGUUCGACAAAUACGCAUUAUUGUGUCCGAUUUUCAGCCCCAAGGCCAAAAUGUUCUCAAUCAAAAGAUCCAAGGCCUGGUUAGCGGUCUGCAGGAAAUAAACAAAUUAAAAAAUCAGGUUCAAGAUAUCUAUGUACCCUUUGAGGUCUUCGACUACAUUGAUCAGGACAAGAACCCCCAACUGUACACCAAGGAUUGUGUGGAGAAGGCAUUGGCCAAAAACGAAGAGGUCAAAGGUAAAAUCGAUGCCUACCGCAAAUUCAAAUCAAAUAUGUUGGCGGAACUUUUCAAGACAUUUCCCAAUGAGAUGAACAUGUAUCGUGCAUAUCGUCCGGAUUCGGUGUAAUUGUGUAGUUGGAUGAUGUUGUGCGGCCAGCACGGACUGAACCUGAACUCUUCUAUAUAUAUUACAUUUACAAAUAAUAAUGAAAGUAACAACAAAAAAAAUCAAGUUAUAUUAAGUUAAGGGAAAACAAUAAUAAUCAUUAUAAUAAAUUAAUAUAAAACUGUA